AUGUCUUAUGCCCUCGCCGCGUCUCACUCAUUUAUCCUCCUCAUCACUCUUACUCCCUCCAAAGCUCUCGACAUCACUGUCCUCUCAACUCAUCUCAAGUCCGCUUCGUCCUUCUCCUCCCGCCACGCCGUCCCGUGCGUCGGCAUCACAAAACCCGCGGGGAUCUCGGGGCUUCGACAGCUCGAGAUCCUCGUUGACCAAGCCCUUGUACUCGUCGGGUUGGUCGCCGCAUGGGGGGGGGUGGAAAACCGUGCUAAUCUCGAUCCUCUCCCCUCCUCAAGGACGCUCUCUGCGAACGACGACUGCAAAAGAGCACAUCAGACAGAUAGCGAGGGUGGUUGCGUCACGACAGAACAGCCCGCUGCAAAGUACGGCGCCCGACAGUCGCCUACGUACAAUCACGCACUUAGCAGUCCGAUGUAA